UAUUGGACCCCCCACCUAAAAAAACAAACGCAACGUUGGGUAUGGGUUCCCAGACGCGCCUGUGUUCUUCUUGCGCGCACCAGCAGCACCGGUGUCUAAACGCGCCCCCCCGUCCCCCCCAGCCCGGGUUUGGCUGUCUUCCUCCCAGCUUGUGUUGAUGGUCCAAGCCACCGCCUGGCUUCCCAGAAUUGGGUGCCAGGCUUCACGGAAUUUUGUUUCCUUGAACGCCGCGGACGGAGCUGUUUCUAGGAAAGUCCGGCGCACUGUCAGGUAUGGAUUGUGAGCUGGCCUUGUCUCACGGAUGUGUUGGUAGCCCCGCCUACUCCAGCGCUGUCAUCACAGGAAGGAACCACAACUCUAGAUUCGUCAUGGGUUCGUCCUGCCCUGCAGGGGCGGAGGGAUACGGGAAGGAGUUCCAUGUCAGCGCGAGCAUAGUGCCGGCAGAGGGAUACGUGAAGGAGUUCACCCGACACUCGAGCGCCGUGCUUAGGAACCUGAACGAAUUGCGACUCCGCGAGAUCCUGACCGACGCCACGCUGCUGGUGCGGGGAGCGAGACUGCGCGCCCACCGGGCCGUGCUCAUCGCCUGCAGUGGCUUCUUCUACUCCCUGUUCUCUCGCUGUGGCCCCGGGGCCCUGGGUGUCCUCUCUUUGCCGGAGCCCCUGGACCCCGAGGGGGUGUCCCUGCUGCUGGACUUCAUGUACUCGUCCCGCCUGCCCCUGUCCCCGCGCAGCGUGGGCGGGGUGCUCGCUGCCGCCACCUACCUCCAGAUGGAGCAUGUCGCAGACGCCUGCCGCUCCUUCAUCCAGGGCAGUGGGGAGCGAGCAACCUUUCACCCCGGACCAGGCGUGGAUUUCCCCUCUGCUGGGGUCUCUCUACCGCCCCCUGCAGUCCUGCUGAGCGGAGGAGUGCUCCCCCUGAUCCCUGCUCUCACCCCGCAGCCUGGCAGUGCUGGAGCUGUACCUGUCAAUGUGCUCCGCGCUCCGGUAGCACGCACGGCUGUCUCCAUACCACACGGGGGCGCUGUCCAGGACUCCCACAGAUCGCAGGGAGAAAUGACCAGCUUCGGAUUCUGUAGCCUGGGGCUAGAUUUGGAGGCUGACCCACCGGGAGCAGCUCAGGAUGGGGUGAAGAUGGAGGUGGAUGAGAAGGGCCAGGGGCAGCUUUCGAUGGCAAGGCAGCGCGCUGUGUCCCCCCUCCCUACCCCAGACAGCCCCUCCCGCUCCAGCUGUCACCCCAACUCCCCCUCGGAGGCCAGCGGCUGCGGGAACCAGCCGCCCCACGACCCCACAAGCACUACUGUCACUGAGCCCAGUCUGAAUCGAGACCCUAAGGCUUGCAAUUGGAAGAAGUACAAAUACAUUGUCCUGAACCCGCUGUGCAGAAGAGCUUCCAUAAAAGGAGAGGAAGGGGAGGGGCUGGAGGAGGGGCCAGAACCCUGCAACCACACCCCCACUGACAUGGACAGGAGGGGCUCCCCUGCCAGCCCCGCCCAGGAGGCGGAGCAUGAGGCAGAGAGGGGCCAAUCGAACAGGUGCUUUCACUGUCAGGUCUGUCAGCAGAGUUUUCAGCAGGUCUCUGAACUCUGUCAUCACAUCCUGGUCACGCAUCCCGGUGAAGACCUCCCACAAUUCCCCUCUCCUGUUCUAGACUGCGCUGCAGUGGGAGGAGCCUAUACCUGCUCGCUGUGUCAGCGCCACCUCACCAAGGAGGAAGUCCAGCAGCACCACUUCCUGCGUCGCCGCGGCGACGGAGACUGCGACCACGAUCCCAGCCAAACCGUCAAGUGUGACAGCUGCUGCUCGGAGUACCGUUACCGCGGCAACCUGACCAGCAACAAGCCCGCCCGCAGAGGUGAGAAGCCCUAUCGCUGCAGCGUGUGUGGGGCGCAGUUCAACCGUCCCGCCAACCUCAAGACUCACUGCCGAAUCCACUCUGGAGAAAAGCCCUACCCCUGCGAGGCCUGCGGGGCACGCUUCGUACAGGUGGCUCACCUGCGUGCUCACGUUCUCAUCCACACCGGAGAGAAGCCGUACCCGUGUGAGACGUGCGGCACCCGAUUCCGACACCUGCAGACGCUCAAGAGCCACGUGCGCAUCCACACGGGGGAGAAGCCGUACCACUGCGAGAAGUGCGACCUUCACUUCAGACACAAGAGUCAGCUAAGACUGCACUUGAGACAGAAGCACGGAGCGGUCACCAACACCAAGAUCCGGUACAAGGUUCUGUCGGACCCCUAUAGAGCGCCCGUCAGCUCCUGCUAGACCCCCUUCCUCUGCGCCCACGCACCCCGUCAGAUUGGCUCCGCAGCAUGGAGAGCCGACCCAAAGACUGGGCCCACGUCAGCUCCGGCCUAAGGUUUUGCAUCCCCUGGAAUUUUAGGAUCGAGACAUAAUUUAAAAAAAAAAAACAACUAUGUGAACACAAUUUCGAUCUUUUAUUUAACAUCAUACAAUCAAACGAAACUACAAAGCGAUCUCGCAAACAAGUCUGCCGGAAGCCAUCAUAGUAUUUCAUGUUAGAUUUUCGAAAUGUCGCCUGUUUCAAUUAGUAAACUAAGAACUAACGUGUAAUUGAGUAUGUUGAAUAGUAUUCCGCAGGUUUCGUUUCGGCAUCACGAAGCUAAAUGUGUUCACUCUAUAAGGGGGUGCAAAACGUUUGUCCAGAGUUUAUUUCAGUUUAUUCCAGCAUAAGACUUUGUCACUGAAUUUACAGAGUCUCUUUGAGUGUUUCUGAAUUUCGCACGGUUGACUGUUCAGCAGCUCUGGAGGAAUCCAAAGUGAAUGCUGAGGAAAAGCCGAAGAAUGCAUUUGGAAUGCAAAACAGAAUCAACGGGAUUCAUGUUUUUGAAUUUGCUUGGAAAAAAAAAAAAAAAAAGAUUAUUUAGUUGUGUAGAUAUGAAAAAUAGAUAUUUUUAGUACAGGUAUUUUUAAUAGCUGGGUUUUGGAUAGUGGGAUGAUUUUGAGAUAUUUUUAGCAAGGAGCGAGGGGGAGGGGUCGAUGGGGCGUGACAUCACACUCCGCAGGCGGAGUCAACCCCAUACCCAGCCCUUAACCCCGCCCCCCACACUGGAACAGCCCAAUGGGCUUAAAUAGAGCCCUCGCAAAACACAUGUUGCUUGCUUAACAAAUAGCAGUGCAGACCUCAUCUAAAUAGAGUGUCUGGAUCCAUCUGUAAAGAUUUAGACAGGGACACACAACCUGCGGCAUAGAGUCUCACUAUCCCUCGAACAAGGCUAGCCAAAUAACCUGGUGUAAACGAAUAUCGGUCCCCCCGAAUAUUGGUUCCCACCAGCGAACUUCUGUUCCCCCCUGCAUGCAUGUUAAUUAAUUCUCCUAUUGCGAUGUUAGUUCUGCAGGUUCUGGUGAAUGGGAGCUGUGUUUGCAGACUGUUCUCAUGGAUUAUUGUAGGUGAGACUGGACCUGUCAGAGGGGACUGGAUGGGGCAGGGGUAGGGUUAGGGUUAGGGGUAGGGAAAGAGGUCUUAAAUUAAGGUUUUAGUUGAAAGUGCAUGGAUAUAUACUUGCACGCAAAAACCGGUGACUUUUGUUACAAAAAAUAAAGGGGUACAAAUAUUCAGAAGGGGAACCAACAUCCCUGAAUAUUGGUGCCUGAGGGAAGAAAUAUUCUGUGACACUUAAACAAGAAUUCUGAUACAAAUUUCCAUCAUAUUUGUAGACCGAACUCCUAGUAAUACCUCCGAGAGGUCACACAUUGCUCUCAUUUCUACACAGUCGAAGACGAUAGACUCUUAAUUGAGCUGAUCAUUAGCUUAAUUAGACCUUUUAAAUUGUUCUCAGCUCCUAAAAAGUCACAGAGUUCAAGUUACUUAUAAAAUGUUAUUGCUAGCUUGAACGCUGCACUGUUCACCUUUUAAAAAGCACAGGUGACCGAUGUGCCUAGGUCAGGGCUAUUGCAUUGAUUGCAAUGGAGCUGCAUUGUAGCAGACAGUCUAUUGCACUGAACACAGUUUAGUAAUUAACAGCACUGCUGUAAACAGUAUAUUUGUAUGUAAUGUUAUAAUGUUUAUAUCAUGUCUUAUCAGUCUUGAAGCAGAAUGACAGGGAGCUGUGAGUAACUCAUUGCCUCCUCUUUAAAUAUUAUAAGACGCUGUUGAUGCUUUGAGAGCAGUUAACUGCAGUAUCUAUAUAACAGAGUAUUGAAAAAAAUUUAAUUAAAUUAUUUUGCUGGCCAAAGAUAUCUGCUAAGAAAAACCAAAUUUGUGUAUGUAUGCUAUAACACCUGUUGCGACAAAGAUAGAUUUGAAAUGUCUGCUAAUGGACUGGUUUAGAGAAAGUUCUACGUUUUUUUUGUUCCUUAUUGCCUCAGCAGUGUUUCCUGGGUCAGGUUACUGGCUGGAAGCGUGUCAGUCAGUAGGGGAAGCAGCUGAUUGGUUCAUGACAGGAAGUGCAACAUUAUCUGAAAACGGGGCUUGCAAAUAGAUUUCUUUAACCAAGCACCACCAGAUGCUUACACAACAGCUGUAUAACAGGUCAAUUAUAUGCCAUUAUUUUGUUAGACACCCCCAGCUUUUCAUAUAGGGGGGUGUUAGUGGUGUAUUUGUGUAUUUUGGAAGCGCCUUGUGUUGAUUUGUUUCAUACAGCGAUCGCUUCUAGUUUUGGAACUUAAACAAAGCGAUUCCUUCUUUUGCCAGUCUCUCUGAUUCCAAACUGGUGUCUGCUGGUUCCCAGUUCCUCAGCGUUACUGGGGCUUAGACAGAAGCGGAGCGCCUGUGCAGGAGUUGUCUGUUUUGUAAAAAAAAUAUAUUUUAAUUUUUAAGUGGUUCCCAUGCAUAGGAACAAUGUUACUCCCAGUGUAGAAUGGCUGUGUGAGGCAAUCAUUCUUCAUUUUAACCCAAAUCACAUCUCUGCAAUGUUGACCAAAUUCAGUGUGGUGUUGUUUUGCACAGCACGUUUGAUCGAAGUGAUAAACGAUGUCGUUUCCAUGGCAGCGACGUUCCCUUUAUUUCGAUUGUAUUGUAAUGUCCGGGUUAUUUGCAAAGCUGGCUUUGUUGUCUGUUACUGUCCCCUUUGUCUGCUUGUUCAAUAAAGCUCUGAUAUCUUCUCAA